AUGGCAGCUCGUCCGAGCCUCUCACGCGUCUCUCGCGUCAUCAAUAGCCUGGCCUCGACUUCUUUUUCUUCUUCUUCUUCCUCCUCCUUCUCCUCCUCCUCCUCCGCACCGGCCUCACUAUCACCCAGCACGUUCCUCCGCCGCCACUCCUCCGUCUCAGCAGAUGAGCUCUCCCACUUCUCCGGCCUCGCCAACAGCUGGUGGGACCCAAUGGGCCCGUCGCGCGUGCUGCAUCUUAUGAAUCCUCUCCGACAUGAGUUUAUUGCCACCUGUCUAGCCACUGGCGACACCAGCAAUAGCACCGGCAAUACUACUAGUCCUCCAGCAAACCUGCAUUACCUCGACAUUGGCUGCGGCGGCGGCAUCUUCGCCGAGUCCCUCGCGCGGACCAUCCCCCUGACCCCCUCCGUCCCCGGGACGCCCACGCGCGCCGCGUCCAUGACGGCGAUCGACCCGUCGCCGCAUCUGAUCCGCAUCGCGCGAGCCCAUGCCCGGACCGAUCCCACCGUUGACGCACACCUGCGCAGCGGACACUUCAAAUACCUCAACACCACCCUAGAAGAGCUAUCGGAAAGACUUCUCAAGGAAGAAGAAGCAAAAGAAGCAGAGCAGCCAACAGGUGGGAAAUUCGACAUGGUCACUCUCUUCGAGGUAAUCGAACAUAUCGACCCCAACACAUCCACCCCCGCGACCUUCCUCACCAACGCCCUCCGGCUCCUGAAACCGGGUGGCUGGCUCGUCGGGUCGACCAUUGCGCGCACCUUUCCUUCCUUCCUAGUCAACCAGGUUAUCGCCGAGGCGCCGUGGCCUGUAGGCGUCGUGCCGCGAGGGACGCACGAAUGGAGUAAAUUCGUGAAUCCGGACGAGCUCGAGGGCUGGGCUAAAGACGGGGUUCGCACGGUACGCUCCCAGCUUCACAACCCAUCCGGUUCCCAGAAUAAAGCACUUGAAUGGCUGUGUUGCGGCGUGAUGUAUUUCCCUGGUCUUGGGUGGAAGAUGGUUCCAGGGUCGGAGAGUUGGGGGAAUUAUUUCUGGGCAGUGCGAGUGUAG